AUGGACGUUUUGGCGUCAUCAACGGCAUUGCCAGACCAGGAGACCUUAAGCAAGGUCCUCCAAGUGGCAGUAGAAGCAUCCAAGAAAGCCGGAGAUAUUAUUCUGGGAAAUGCAGGAGGUGCCGAAAUCACCAACCGAAAGGCUAAUAGUCGAGACCUGCUAACCCUGAUUGAUCCCCUAUGCGAAAAAACCAUCAGAGCAAUUGUAUCCGACACUUUUCCGGAUCACGACUUUUUGGGCGAAGAGGAUGUGGACCCUGGUAAACAGGCUAGCACUGCAGCCCUGGAGGCAAAACUGGAUGAUAGCGAGUGGUUGUGGAUUGUGGACCCGAUCGAUGGUACCACAAAUUUUGUUCACGGCAUGCCCUUGUGUAUGCCGUCCAUCGCGUGUGCCUAUCGCGGCCGAGUGGUAGUAGGCGUGAUUUAUGAUUGUCAUCGCGAUGAGCUGUUUACAGCAAUCAAAGGGCAGGGCGCCUUUCUCAACGGAAAACCAAUCCAGGUGGGACUCCAAACAGCUAUCGGAGACGCAAUCAUUGCCAUGGGAAGCCCACCAGCCGAAGAAAGUAUGGAGAUGAGCCUCAAGGGUGUACAAGCGCUUAUGCCCGUAUGUCGAACAAUUCGUAUGCUAGGGAGUGCAGCUCUCAUGCUAGCAUGGGUUGCCAAUGGAAGAUUGACGUCGUAUUGGGAAUAUGAUUUGAGCUCCUGGGAUAUCGCUGCGGGUGCCUUACUGGUCCAAGAGGCUGGUGGAAAGUUCACUGACCUGGAGGGCCGUGAUUUUACAUUGCGUACACGUAAGAUCUGCGCAAGCAACGGUGCUGUCCAUGACGAAGUACUCCGCGUCUUGCGUGAGGAUGCCGGAAUAGUUUAGUAAGGUCCUCCGAUCUAUUGUACAUGGAUAUAUCACGCAAACUAAUUGUAAAACGAGAAAGGAAUAGAACUAAAGCUAAAUCAAUCAUCUUCCUCUUC